GCGCGCUGGUCACGCGGCCCAGUGUUGACACUUCGGGUGGGACCAAAGUGAGGCGGCCGGGCCGGGGCUGGCAGCUCCAGCGGGGAACCAUGGCGUAUAACGGCCUCACGGUGCCCCUCAUCGUGAUGAGUGUAUUCUGGGGCUUCGUUGGCUUCUUGGUGCCCUGGUUUAUCCCUAAGGGCCCCAAUCGGGGAGUUAUCAUCACUAUGUUGGUGACCUGUUCAGUUUGCUGCUAUCUCUUUUGGCUGAUUGCAAUUCUGGCCCAACUCAACCCUCUCUUUGGACCACAGUUGAAAAAUGAAACCAUCUGGUACCUCAAACAUCAUUGGCCUUGAGGAAGAAGACCUGCUCUCCAGUGCUCAGUCAUGGAGGUCAUGAAGAGAAUUCCUCUAGAUGCGAACUCACCUCCCAACCCAGCCCACAUUCCUUGACUCACCUCUGUUGGCCGUCAGCUGCCUUAAACAUUCACAACACUUUUAAAUAUCUUAUUCUACAGUGUAGUAUUUUUUCCUGUCAACUUUUUUACACUUUGAUGAAUUAUGUGCCUACUUAACCUGAACUCUGCUGACUUCAUAAAAUGUUUUGCACUCUUCUGAGAUAGAAGGUGCUAUUCUUUUGAGAAAUACAUUACUCUCUCCCUGGAACCUGUGGAUUUGAAGAUGGUACCUGCCUGCUCACGACAUGGGAAUCAGUGAAAUGUUUACUGUUACAAGACAAUAGGACUACAGUGGGGCAGUCAGUAGGAAAGCAUGUUCGGAGGAAAGAUCUGUCCCAACAGAAUUACACCCAAGUGUAUUUCUAGGAUGCCUUUCUUUUUCUGCCAUCUUUUGGAAUAAAUUAUUUUUCUGCUUUCUGUGGAAA